AUGACACAGGCCUCUCCCCGUCCUGCCUCUCCUCUCACCUCCGGCGCCGAGUCCGGCCCUGACUCCAAGUCUGGUGGUGCUGCCGCCGCCGCCUCCGGCUCCUCCGUCAGCCGUCCUUCCUCGCCCACUCCUCCCGGCGGUCCUCGCGCUGCUAUGCGCCGUCGUGCUGCGGCCGACCACAAGGAGUCUCUGCGCAAUGCCCGCCCCAGCUCAACCCGCUCCGCCGGUGCUGGCGGUUCGUCCGGUACUAUGCUGAAGCUCUACACUGAUGAGAGCCCCGGUCUGCGGGUGGACCCCGUCGUUGUUCUGGUGUUGAGUCUGGGCUUUAUUUUCUCGGUUGUUGGUCUGCAUGUCAUUGCCAAGAUCACCCGCAAGUUCUCCGCAUAA